UCGAACCGAUCAACGAUCUCAAACUGCGCUCGUGUUCUUCCAGACAAUUACCUCAUUGCAGCUUUCAUCCAACACACCCAUUUACAGGCGAUCAUCUUACCCGGUCCCAAGAGCUCUGACUGCCCUUCCGCACCUCUCAAUCGAUGGGCUCAAAACAAUGCCUUCGGCUUCCCCCUCUCCCAUCAAACGGCCCUCGCUAAAUGAACGCACGUCCUCUACCCAUUCCCUGAGUUCCUCGGGCAGACAGACCACCACCACCCACAAAGUCCACCGGCCUCACGUCGUCAACCGCCAUUCAAGAAAUGUCUCUCAUGGCAAAGGACUUAGUAAACUGGGCAAGGUCCAGUCUACAGCCAGCAUCACCUCCGACUACCAAGCUCAUCAUCAGAGGAAAAAGUCGGGAGGCACCUCGCCUCCCCACAGUCCAAAAACGCCUCUGGUGAAACGGAACAGCUCCCAUGUUGCCUUGGUCAAGAACACCUCAUACGGGAACCUGCGCAAAAAUCAGUCCGCCAACGCACUGCCACGAAACGCCUCUCACGGAGCGCUGAAAAAGGUCGGGUUGACGCCAGCAGUCAGAAAAAAGAGCAAGGGAGAGAAAGAUGGCGUGUUCCAACUGGGAGAUCGAUCUUCAGACGAUGAGGAGGAGGGUGAAUGGGAGGAUUCAACUACGCAGUCUCCCGAACUCACGCGCAACAACUCAAAGACAUCUACGCCUGCGCGGGCACAUACUCCGAACGGAGAGGCAGCACCUCGACACCCUUCAGAGGUGGACAUCAGCCGUCCCGAAAAGACCUCCUCGCCUCCCCAAGCAUCCUUGAAGACCAAGAACCGGUCUGCGCCUAAUCUCAAGAAUGAGCCGGUUGCAUCACAGCUGCAGAACCCGCCUGAUCCUGCACUUCUUCAACAAUAUCCACGUUCUUCUCGUGCCCCUCCGGCAAUGUCGACGGUUUCCGCGCACGUUGGACCUAGCCAGCUGGUGCGCAAUGACUCAUCCCGAUCCUUCACCCACAUCUCUCAUGCCGACGCUACUUCGUCAACAGCCAACACCGGCCACACCGGCCACACCGGCCACACCGGCCUUACUCCCGCCUCCGGGAAACUGACACCUGCCUCGUCUGGCCACGUGUCCGGGCCUGUUUUGGUGUCCUCGUCUGUAGAAGGUGGUGUUUCGCAUUUCCUACCGACCGACACUCCAGCUGGUUCUGUCCGCCAUAUUGCAGACGAUUCCGAUGAAGACUCGCCGUCGAAUUUUCUUUCCAACUACAAACCCCAGCCGUCGGAAUCCCCGGAGAAGACCAAGACCCUUCACAAGGCAAGGAUAUCCCAGAAUCCAUCCAGGACGCAGCAGAAGCUUGAGCUUCAGAGAAGGGAGAUCAUGAGAGCAGGGGCUGCAACACCCACAACCCCUCCCCCGGCUGGGAUGGGACUCCCUCUAGGUUCUGGGACGGCUUUACACGGCCGCGCGGGAUCCAGAAAUAGGAAUCGAUCUCUGGCCGGGGAAAUCAAAGCCGCGAAACAGGAUUAUGAAAGUGCGGUCAAACAGCUGAUGGUGGUCAGGCGGUUCCGGAGUCCACUAGUUGAAAGCAUGAACCGACUCAAGGAGCAAAAUUCGCUGCCACAGGACGUUGGCUCCGUCACCUCGAGCGGCGCAUUUUCCAAGAGCAGACCGCAAAGUCGGCGUGGACCUAGUACCACUAGCGUGAACGGACAUGCGAAGACUGGCAUGAGCCGAAGUUUUGAGGACCCCAAGCCAUCGCCACUGUUGUCACGGUCCAACAGCAGCCGCCACGGGGGUAGAGUCCAUUUCCAGCGGCAGAGUAGCCAUGACGAUAUCGAAGUGACACCGUCGCAGGGCAAUCUCGAUGGUGCUCAGGACGACGAGCAAUUUGGGCUUUCACCGGAAGAGGCGCUGAUACGGCGAAUUUGGGACAGUCGGGAAGUGUAUGAUGCUGGGGAACCCGGAUCGGCGUGAGGGUUCAUGAUUGGGUAUGGAAGAACGCGGUGAUCGGUUGCUUCUCCCUUUGGCGUUUCAUGUUGCUUGUUGCUAUUCUUCUGCGUUUGAGCGCAUUAUGACUUAGUAGUUGCCGGUUUUGCAGACCGCAGGCCGAAUCUUGUAAAGGGGAGUGCUGCAGCGAAAUCCCUGGUUUUGGGAGAUGUUUGGCACUUGAAUUUGGUUGUUGCCGACCCAGUGACUGGCUUCUUAGUCCUUGAGAGUCGCCUUCUCAGCCACGAAAGAGUUCGA